AUGAACAAGCCUCUCAUCCCAGUUGAAAAAGCCCUAUCCCUCCCCGAAAUCGUAGAAAACAUACUUUCAUUUAUCGACAAAGACGCACACUCAACCUGGAUAGGCAUCAACGACUAUGAAUAUAGCCGCGCGGGAGUGCUCCUCAACUGCAGCCUUGUCAACAAAUUUUGGAACCACGAAGCAAUGCGAAUCCUUCGGUCAAACAUGCUAACGAACAAUAUGCGACUCGACGAAAUCGUCGAUCAAAUCCCCCAACAACGCCGCCAGAUAUACGCAAAUCAUAUCAAACCGCCUUUAUCUACACGCUCGAAGUGGGUGAUCCUGAGGGCUUUAGAUACUGUCACUUUCCCGAAGAUUCGGACCUUGCGUAUUUAUCCUACUUGUUUUGAUUCUUACGCGGAAAAGAUGCUUAGUAUCCCUGAUGUUUAUAUGCCUCAUGCUGAGACGCUGGAGAUUUGCAGUUGUGUUGAAGGGGACAAGGUUAUUUGGAGAUUGGAGAUGAAGCAGUGGGAUGAUCUUGUCUUGCAGCUUCCGAAGCUGUUUCCUACCCUGGUGCAUGUCAAGAUCAAUUUGCCAACCGUAAAGUGUCCGGAUAAGCUGGCGGCUUUGUAUAAAGGUCUGCCGAAUCUUAAAGACAUUACGCUUCGCGAAGUGCAUGACUUGGAAGAGGAGAGGUAUAGUAGUGAAGAACAAAGGGUAUUUUGCUAUUAUGAACGAGCAUAUUGA